UCUCCCACAAGGCAGCGCGCGGGCGGACACGGUCUUUGUGCCGGCCCGGGGCUUCACCAAGGCGCCGCGGCAGCAUGAGCGGCUCAGGCGCUGCGGGGGCGUCGGCCAGCCCCGCGCCACCCGCGCAGGAGGAGGGCAUGACGUGGUGGUACCGUUGGCUGUGUCGCCUGUCAGGCGUGCUGGGGGCCAUCUCUUGUGCCAUCUCCGGACUCUUCAGCUGCAUCACUAUCUACCCUUUGAAAAUUGCCGCUGGCGUGUGGAUGAUCAUGAACGCCUUCGUGCUGUUGCUGUGUGAGGCGCCCUUCUGCUGCCAGUUCGUGGAGUUUGCAAACACAGUGGCUGAGAGGGUGGACCGGCUGCGCUCCUGGCAGAAGGCUCUCUUCUACUGUGGGAUGGCCAUCGUCCCCAUCAUCAUGAGCCUGAGCCUGACCACACUGCUGGGCAAUGCCAUCGCCUUUGCCACAGGGGUGCUGUAUGGACUUGCUGCCUUGGGCAAAAAGGGUGAUGCCAUCUCCUAUGCCCGGAUCCAGCAGCAGAGGCAGCAGGCAGACGAAGAGAAGCUGGCAGAGACCCUGGAGGGGGAGCUGUGACGAGUCCACAGUGGGGUCCAUGGGCUUCUCUGGAGGAAGCAGAGCAUCAGCCCUAUGGGACAGCCUGGGAGAGGACCCCCCACUGCCUGACCCUCUUCUGCCAGCCUGUUCUCCAAGCCUGACUUGGCUGGUGCUCAGGGCCU